AGCCGGAGCCAACAUGGCGGCGGCGGCGGGCGCAGGGGCGGCCGCGCUCGGCGCUGCUCGCCUUUAGCGGCCUUCAGCGGCCUUCGGGGGCCGCCGCCGCCCCACGGACACCCCCCCGAGCGCCCCGAGCCCCGCCGCGUCCGACAUGAGGGAGAAGGGCCGCAAGAAGAAGGGCAGGACCUGGGCAGAGGCCGCCCGGACGGUCCUGGAGAAAUAUCCCAACACACCCAUGAGCCAUAAAGAGAUCCUUCAAGUUAUCCAGAAAGAAGGACUUAAGGAAAUCAGCGGCACGUCCCCCCUGGCCUGCCUGAAUGCCAUGCUGCACACCAACUCCCGGGGCGAGGAGGGCAUCUUCUACAAGGUCCCGGGCAGGAUGGGCGUCUACACCCUCAAGAAGGACAUCCCGGACGGGCUGAAGGAGCUGUCGGAGGGCUCGGAGGAGAGCAGUGAUGGCCACUCCGACUCGCAGAGCUCGGAGCACAGCAGCUCCAGCAGCGACGGCUGCGCCGCCAAGGACAGGAGGAAGAGCAGGUGGAAAAGGAAAGUGCCGGCCCGCCUGGCCCCCGCGGGCUCCCCGCAGCCCGGCUGCCCCUCGCCCUCCAUCCCGGCCAAGGGCCUCUCCUCCUCCCAGAAGCACAGCAAGAAGGCCCUCAAGCAGGCCCUGAAGCAGCAGCAGCAGAAGCAGCAGCAGCAGCAGCAGCAGUGCCGGGCGGGCAUGGCGCCGGGCAUGGCGCCGGGCAUGGGGCCGGGCAUGGCGCUGCCCUCCAGCCAGCACGUCCUGCUCAAGGCCAAGGCCACGCCGGGGAGGUCAGGUUGGGAAGGGAAGCAGGCAGAUGGACACUCCAGCAGCCCCCCAAACUCCACCUCCAGCUCCUCGCCCUCGGUGAAGCUCGAGAACUCCCUGCCAGGGCUGCCCAAGAAGCCCUUCCCCAGAUCUGACAGGCUCCAUGCACGGCAGCUGAAGCGAGCGCGCUGCGCCGACAUCGACGUGGAGACGCCGGACUCCAUCCUGGUGAACACCAACCUGCGCGCCCUGAUCAACAAGCACACCUUCAGCCUGCUGCCCCCCGAGGGCCAGCAGCGCCUGCUGCUGCUGCUGCCCGACGUGGACAGGCAGGUGGGCCCCGAUGGGCUGAUGAAGCUCAGCAGCUCAGCACUCAACAACGAGUUCUUCACCUCGGCUGCGCAGGGCUGGAAGGAGCGGCUGUCAGAAGGAGAGUUCACCCCCGAAAUGCAGCUCCGGAUCCGCCAGGAAAUCGAGAAGGAGAAGAAGGUGGAGCUGUGGAAGGAGCGCUUCUUUGAGAGCUACUACGGGCAGAGCUCUGGGCUGAGCCCCGAGGAGUCGGAGCGACUGACAGCACAGCCCGAGGCAGAGCCCGGCCGGCCCCGCAGCCCCCCGGCCCCCCGCCGGGAGCAGGGCACUUCCACAUCCCCCUCGGAGCCCCAGGCAGCCCCAGCAGGCGGCAGGAGAGCAGGAGAGGAGGGCAGAGAGGAGCCACAGCCCAAGGCAGCCAAGCCCGCCGAGGCAUCCCCGGAGCGGAGAGCGGCCAGAGCCGGAGAACGACCCGGCCCCGGCAGGGAGAGACCCCACGGAGAAACCCUGCCCCAAAAACCCCCCAGCACCGCCAGCCACCCGGCAGAGGAGCAGAGGAGGCCUGGGGUGGCGAAGGAAGCGCCAGGAAAGGAAUCUCUGGGUGCCCCGAGCAAACCAAAGAGCCCCGAGGCAGGCGGGGGAGCGGCGACGGCGCAGAGCCCCGCGGCAGCCCCGGCCGAGAAGGAGAAGGAGGAGAAGGAGAAGAAACCCCCCGGGAGCGAGGCCAUGGAGGUCGGCGUGGAGGCCCACAAGAGGAAGUCGGAGAGCAGGGAGGAGGCUGCAGGCACCCCCGAGAAGAAGCCCCGUGUGGCUGAGCCCUGCCAGCAGCAGCAGGCCUUUCGGAGCCAGCCCUUUCCCGGCGCGGGGCCGGCGGUGCCGCGGGUGCCCCCGCUCAAGAUCCCCGUGUCCAGGAUCUCCCCGAUGCCAUUUCCUGCGGGCCAGGUCUCUCCCAGGGCGUGCUUCCCCCUCUCCCUCAGCAGUCCGGGCAGGACAGGGGCCAGGACCUUGGCCGACAUCAAGGCAAGAGCCCAGCAGGCCAAGGCUCAGAGGGCAGCGGCCGCCGCCGCCGCCGCCUCGGCCGGGGGGGCCGUGCCGGGACCCGGCCCGGGCGGGGGGAGACCCCCGGGCAGGGGGGCAGACGGGAGAGACCCCGGCGGAGCCGCCCAAGCAGCAAGUGGAGCAAACGCACUGGAACUGGCAGGAACUGGAAGCGGGGGAGGUUCGAGAAGGUUCCUUCCCCCUGGCCCAGGGCCCCGUUCCCAGGUGGAGGGCCAGGCGGAGCCGGGGGCUGCGCGCCAUCCUCCUGGAGCACAGCUACAGCCAGGGGCCCCCGCGGCAGCCCCGGCGCUAGGGAGCGGCGCGGGGGCCACGCCGAGCCCCCCGCGGGGCACGGCCACCCCCGGCUCCCUGAGCACCCCCAGCGGGGCCAGGCUGGGGACAGCCCCUCCUGCCCCGGCCCGGGGGGCUCCGGCAGCUGGGAACGGGAACGGCCCCUCGGCGGGGAGCGGCUGUGACCUUCCCAAAGGCAAAUCUCCUUCUCCUCUGGUGUCCCCCGUGCCACCCGCGGGCCCCGGAGCCCAGGCUGGAGCCGUGGGUGCUCCCGUCCCAGCCUCCAGCAGCUCCUCAGUAGCAGCCAGCCUUAAAUCCCCUCCCGGUGGGGCCCUGCCCCGAGCGAGCUCCAGCAUUCCUGCCAACAACCCUUUGGUCACCCAGCUGCUGCAGGGCAAGAGCGUCCCUCUGGAGCAGAUCCUGCCCAAGGCGCUCACCAAAGCAGAAGUGAAAACCGUCCCGGUGGCUCCUCAGGAAGAGAAGGGGCCGGCGGCUCCCGGUGCGGCGGGGAACGGCGCCGAGGCGGGGGACAGAGCAUCGAGUUUGCCCCCGCAGCAGCUUGGGAAGAUCUUCUGCCAGAACAGGCCUCUGCCUCACAUUCCAAGGACCUUCCCGCUCGCCUCGGGAAAGGACCCCGGGCCUGAGCAGCAGCAGGGCCACGAGGCGCUGAGCAAAUCCACCCAGGAGCAGAUCCUGCAGACUCUCAUCAAGAGGGUGCAGAGGCAGAACCUGCUGCCCGUCCUCCAGCCCUCGCAGCUGAACCUCGCGCACUCAGGUUUCCCGGUGGAAAACAGCUCCACCAGCCAGAGAUUCAUGCUGGGCUUCACGGGCAGGAGGACGUCCAAGCCUGCCAUGUCUGGGCACUACCUGCUCAACAUCUCCACCUACGGCCGCGGCUCGGAGAGUUUGAGGAGAGGCUUCUCCCUGAACGCCGAGCCCCGCGUGGGGCUGAGCAGCCCCGCCGAGGGUGCCAGGGCAGAGCUCGGGGAGGGCGAGGACACGGGCGGCCGGGCCAGCAGCAGCAGCAGCGAGGAGGACGCGGACGACGAGAGCUCCGGGGACGAACGGGAGCACAUCAGCGUCAAGGAGGAGCCACGGGCGGGGCAGGGGGAGAAGGAGCAGGGCCCUGCAGAGCCCGGCUCCCUGGGGGCGAAGGCCGAGGCGGCCCCGGUGCCGCCGGCAGCCAGGGAGAAGGUGGCAGCGCUGGACGGCACGGCGCUGGCACGGGACCUGCUGCAGGCAGCGCAGGAGCAGAUGGCCCACGCCAUGAGGAGCAAGGGCCACGGCGGCACGGAGCUCUUCGGUGCCCCCAGCCCGUCCCCAGACCCGGCACAGCCCCCGCUGCUCCCCGCCCCGCACCCCCCGAAGCUGCCCGGGAGCGCCGGGGCGCAGCUGCUGGGGCCCAGCUACAGCGGCACCAUCAACGUCUCCACCUCGCCCGACGUGGGCCAGGGCUCGCUCAUGAGCGAGUGCAAGCAGCUGGCCAGCUCCAUGGGCAACGUCAUGUCCUUCUCCGUGACCGUCACCACCAUCCCCGCCGGGCAGGCCGUGAGCUCCGGCGGCCACGGGCAGAGCCUCCCGGUGCAGGCGUUCGCCGAGGACGGCGCCAUGGAGGAUCCCCCUUCCAAAUGUUACUGCAGGUUGAAAGCCAUGAUCAUGUGCAAGGGCUGCGGCGCCUUCUGCCAUGACGACUGCAUCGGGCCCUCCAAGCUCUGCGUCUCCUGCCUCGUCGUGCGGUAACGGGGGGCACGCGGGGCGUAGCACGGCCUCCUCCGGGGGCUGCUGUCCGAAGAAUCUUGGGAAGAAACAGGAAUUUUACUGCCUUGCACAAGAGACACGUUACUGAAUCAGGAAUACAGAGUUAGAGUCCUUCUUUCAUUAACGAAAGAGCACCUUCUUGUACAGGGAGUCGAAAUCGCGCUCGACUACGUGAAUUGUGACAAGAGUUUGCACUUAAGGAAUUAUGUAAAUAUGCCACAUUAUUUUGUUUAAAGAUAUUUUUUCAAUCUUUUAGGAGAUAGUGUUUGACUUGUACUGCAGUUCCAGUAACCCCAGCCUGCUCUGAGCACGUUUGCCGAGCCCUGCCCUCCCCGGGGAAUGCAGCCCACAGCCCGUUGUUGGUUGUCUCUUGGCAGAGGGAAGGGGAUAACCCAGUCCAGCCCCGAGGCAGGAGCCCCGAGUGGGCUCCUCUGGCUGCUCCCAGCUCAGAUCCCUGGCAGCUUUCCCUCCCUUGCCUUUCGCUCUGCUGCAGAGGCUCCUGGGCUGUGCGGUGCAGGCUGGUGUUCCUGGUGUGCAGAUCCCCCUCUCCCGGUGUCCCAGUGCAGGGAGGGGUCCGGGGUGCUGCUGCUGGAGCUGCAGGGAGCUGGGCUGGACAGGGGAGUGACCACAGCAGCUCAGUCCUGGGGCUGCCGGUGACACGGCGGGAGCAGGGGGCACUCAGCUGUGCCUGGCAGGCAGGGCUGGCAGGAACUGAUCCCCUGGGCAUUCCCAGGGCUGUCCUGGGCAUUCCCAGGGCUGGCAGGAACUGAUCCCCUGGGCAUUCCCAGGGCUGGCAGGAGCCUGCUGUCCUGGGCAUUCCCACGGCUCUCCUGGGCAUUCCCAGGGCUGGCAGGAACCUGCUCUCCUGGGCAUUCCCAGGGCUGGCAGGAACUGAUCCCCUGGGCAUUCCCAGGGCUGGCAGGAGCCUGCUCUCCUGGGCAUUCCCAGGGCUGGCACAAAUCUGCUCCCCUGGGCAUUCCUAGGGCUGUCCUGGGCAUUCCCAGGGCUGGCACAAAUCUGCUCCCCUGGGCAUUCCUAGGGCUCUCCUGGGCAUUCCCAGGGCUGGCAGGAACCUGCUCCACUGGGCAUUCCCAGGGCUGGCAGGAACCUGCUCCCCUGGGCAUUCCCUGGGCUGGCAGGAGCCUGGUCUCCUGGGCAUUCCCAGAGCUUCAGGAAUCUGCUAUCCUGGGCAUUCCCAGGGCUUUAGCUGCCAUCCCAUGGCCCAGAGCCAGCUGCUCUUGGGACACAGGGGCAGGUGACAGGCACAAAGUGUCACCCUGGGUCCUGCCAUGCUCUGGGAAGCGUUUUGUCCUGAUCCAAACACCCCCAUGGUCAGACAUCUCCAGUUUCUGUCCAAGGUUUGUGUUUCCUGGGUGUAGGGAAAGGCAGUGAGUGUCUGCCUGGGCCUCCUUGGGUGGCUCUUUGUGUCUGAAAUACCAAAUUGGGCUGAGCUCAGCUCAGCUGGGCCCAGCUGAGGGAGGGGUGCUGGGGCAGCCCCUCGGAGCUGAGUGGGGACACGGCUGGUGGCAGCUGUGUCCCCUGGCAGCUCCGGGUUCCUUCACUUGCACUGAGGGAAAUCAAAGCACAGUGGCCCCGUGUUCCUGGGAGCUGAGGGCACUGGUGGAGCACGAGUCACCCGAGGGCUCUUCCCCUCUGGGGCAGGUGGAGGCCUUGCUGCAUCCUGGGCAGGGAACAGAGCUAUGUAUGUUUUUGAUGGAAAAGCACUGAAUUCACUUUUAAUCCAAAGGCCUUUUAAAGCUGAAGCAAUAUUCCCCCAGCAGCGGGGCAGCUGAGUGGUGCACGGGCUCCUCAGCCUUCCCUUCCCCUCUCCUUUGUACUACUGCUCCCCUCCCCUUCUCCCCGGGAGCCCGGCACUGUGUGAGGAGCAGAAAUAAUUCCUGGGUGGUUUUCCAAGGAGCAAGAGGUGCCCAAGGCUGCCAGAGCUGCAGGAGCCUUUGGACAAGGCUCUCAGGCACAGGGUGGGAUUGUUGGGGUGUCCGUGCAGGGUCAGGAGUUGGGCUGGAUGAUCCCUGUGGGUCCGUUCCAGCACAGGACGUUCCAUGACUGGGAUUUAGGUGGUGAUGACAAGGAAAAGGGAGUUCCAGGCUGGAUCCCGUGGCAGCAGGAGCGUUUCCCUCCCUGCCUGGGGAGUGCAGCUGCCUCUGGGGCAGCAGGAGCUGCAGCAUCUCCUGCUCUGGGUUCUCCAUCUGAAAUUCACUGCAGAGCAGUGACCCCCACUGCCGUGAUUCCACAUCGCUGCUCAGGCAUGGUGAGGAGGAUUUAGGGAUUAGAAAUUAAUUCGAUUUUUAAAAAAUCUAAACCAUUGCACAAAAUUGUCCCCAUGAGCAUCUGCCACCCGUGGUGGGGUGGGGGUAGCCCAGGCACCCCCAGCCUGUGCCAGUUGCUGCCACUGCCCACUUCCAGCUCCUGCUCGGGAAGAGGAAAUCCUGCAUUUUUGUAAACCUGGGAGGGAGGCAGCGUGGGCUGCUUUGGAGCUGAGAGCAGGAUCUGUCCACUCCUCCCAGGAGGGAGAUUCCUUCCUGUGUUCCUGGACAGACACUUCCAUUCCUGGCUGGGACAGCCCGGGAGAGGCUGGUGCUGCUUCCACAACAAAGAGAGUUCUCAGAGGAGAGUGAGAGGUUUCUCUGCGCACUUGGGUCAGUUCUGGUCUCUCCUGGCUCCUCUCAGGGUGAUUUUCCAGGCUGCUGGAGAGGGGGAAGCAGAGGAUGAGGAGGGAGCUGUGACCCUGAGCACUCACAGGCGUUCAGCUGUUGCUGGAAAGGCUCUUCAGAGCUCCCCUGGCCCUUCCCAAACCAUCCCAGCCGGCUGUGGCUCCAGCAGGCUCCUCCUGCUGGAUUUCCCCGUGCCCUGGCUGAGCAUGGGCUGGCCUUGCUGUGCCCGUUCCCUGGCAGAGCAGGGCAGUGCCAUUCCCAGCGCCAUCCCGUGGGAAUGUGCCCAUCUGCCUGGGGACACCCCAGGAGGGGUGGGACACUCAGUGGCCCUGGACAUGGAGGUGGCCCUGGCUGCUGUUGGCCAGGGUAGGAUCGUGCUGGUGGCUCAGGCGUUUCCACCUGUCAGUGCCUUAGUUCCAUUUCAUGGAUCAACACUUAGCUUGGGCUACUUUUCCUCAGUUUUUUUAAAGGAAAUCGAUUCUCUCAGUGCCCACUGAGGUCUGAGCACACUCCUGGUGCAGCCUGGGGCAGCAUCUCCGAGGGUGAGCAGAGGGCACCGAGUGGGAGGAAAUCGUGUGAGAUAAUAACCCUGGGUGUAAUAGCCCUGGAACAGGGACAAAGCCUGGGAAAUCGUGUGGGAUAGGGGCUGGGUGUAAUAACCCUGGACAGGGACAAAGCCUGGGAAAUCGUGUGGGAUAAGGGCUGGGUGUAAUAACCCUGGACAGGGACAAAGCCUGGGAAAUCGUGUGGGAUAAGGGCUGGGUGUAAUAACCCUGGACAGGGACAAAGCCUGGGAAAUCGUGUGGGAUAGGGGCUGGGUGUAAUAACCCUGGACAGGGACAAAGCCUGGGAAAUCGUGUGGGAUAGGGGCUGGGUGUAAUAACCCUGGACAGGGACAAAGCCUGGGAGUUCUGUGUGUGCUGCAGCUGGAUUUGGGAUGAUGGCUUUCAGAAGGGGGAUCCUGGGGUGGGACCAGCCUGUCCCACUGCUGAGGCUCCUUCCCAUCGGCAGUAAAUGCAUCUCCACACGGGAUUCAUAAUAAAGGGAUGCCGUGAUGGAGUUUAAACCAUCAGACUUUGGUCCCCCAGGAAUUAAUUUAAUGGCACGACAGGGAAUGGCGGCAUCAAAAAUCCAGGAUUUCCAAAGCCUGAUGUCAGUGUUUGUGGCAGGGAAAGGAACCUGAUGAGGGAGGAGGUUUCAGUUUCCCUUUUCAGGACACAGAACUGGAAUUAGAGGCUGACCAACGCUUCACUUCCCAGCCCAAACCCCACGGACAGGCUGUGGCACAGGAGGUGCCAGCACGACUCUGGGGGUGCAGGUUUUGAGCCAGGUGGGCAGCAGGGGAAGGAAUUUGGUGUGGAAUUUCACUUUCCCUCCAGGAAUUACAGGAAGAAGGAGGUUCCAAGCAGUUGCACUCGUUGGGGAGUUGGAUUUUUUGUUGUUGUUGUUGCACAAAACAGCUGCUGGAGCAGCAGUUCCUGGUCAGGUUGUUACUGGGAGGGUUCCUCGGGAGGGAUCCUCGGGAGGGACCUUUGGGAAGGAUCCUCGGGAGGGACCCUUGGGAGGGAUCUUCAGGAGGGACCUUCAGGAGGGUUUCUUGGUAGGGUUCCUUGGGAGGGAUCCUCGGGAAGGACCUUUGGGAGGGAUCCUCAGGAGGGUUCCUUGGGAGGGAUCCUCGGGAGGGACCUUUGGGAGGGAUCCUCAGGAGGGUUCCUUGGGAGGAACCCUCGGGAGGGAUCUUCGGAGGAUUCCUCAGGAGGGAUUCUCGGGAGGGAUCCUCAGGAGGGAUCUUCAGAAGGGUUCCUUGGGAAGGAUCUUCAGGAGGGUUCCUCGGGAGGGACCUUUGGGAGGGAUCUUCAGGAGGGACAUUCAGGAGGGUUCCUCGGGAGGGUUCCUCGGGAGGGACCUUUGGGAGGGAUCUUCAGGAGGGAUCCUUGGGAGGGACCUUUGGGAAGGAUCCUCGGGAGGGUUCCUCGGGAGGCAGCAAAGACCAUCCGGGGCGGGAGGGUGGAUCGGGAGCGGCUUUGGGGCCUCUCCUCGGGGGAAGCUGCGUGCGAUGAAUGGUUCGUGAGUGCCACGGGAGUGUGGAGAGCGGGGCCGGGGUUUCCCACAGCGGGAAUGUGGGAGGCGGCGGGGCCGUGGCAGCGUCGCUGCGGUGGUUAAUUAUCACAGGUAAUUGCGGGGGGCACAGGGGACGGGAGCGGCCUCGCUCGGUGUUCCGUGCUUACGUUUGCUGCACGCGCAGAGCGAGCAGAGAGCUUACAGUAAUAUAUUUGAAAUAAUAUAUAUUUUAUAUCUGAACAGAGCGGGCAAAGGAGGGGUUCUGAGGUGGUCACAGGGUACCGGGGCAGUUCCUCGGCCAGGCCAGCGGGGUUACUGCAGCACAGCCGAAAAGGCUCCGUUCCUGCCGUUAAUGCAAUAAAAACGGGAAUUCUCACAAAAAGCAAUCCAAUACUGUUUCCCAGAGGCUUUUCCUGUGUGGACAACAGGCCUGUAAACAUAGUUCCAAAAAUCCUAAACCUUUGUCUUUUGCCUUUUUAAAAGGGACUUCGAUUGGGCUUGAGGGUCUGUACAGCAAAAUCGAGGUGACACCAUUUGAAAAUGUAUUUUUACACAAAUAAUAUAGAAAAAAAAUCAUAUUUUACAUAAGAAUUUUAAGUAUUUGAAAUACGUGUAUAUAUAUACUGUAUGUACUUCGUAUAUGCUUUAUUUUACAUUUUCAGUGUAUUAAAAAGUAUUUGAGCUGGUUGGA